ACUACUGCCAUCUAAUGCCACUGUUUAUACUCUUAGUAAUAAAGCUAGCGUUUUUUUUUUUUUUUAUCUGAGCCGUUCUUUUAUACAUUUCAGAAAUUAAGAAACAAUGGCUCCUACAGUGUACAGCAGAAGUGACUACAUCCUUGUGCAAUAUCGCUUCAGUGUCAAAUGAUUUAAAAUUGUAUCACCUUACAGUUAAACUAAAGAUAAACAGUUUGUUAUCACAUUUAUUAUAUUUAAAAAGGAGGAUACCGGUGUUGCAAAAAGUUCUGAAAAGAUGUUCUGCCAUUCUUCAGAAACACUUUUUUUUCAGUUGUUCUUUGCUGAAUGAGUUGCGUUGCUCUGCCUUUCUUUUUAAAAUACUCCAAAGGUAUUUUAUUAGAUUCAAGUAACGCGACAAACUUGACCAGGUCAUAGUUUUACUUCACUUUGGAUAGUUAUCAUGCUGCAAUAGUCCUCUUCUGUCAAGCUUUCACCAACUGGAAAUCUUGUCAGGCAGUAUUUUGGAAUAUCCACUAUAAAUGUCAUCUCACCAACAUCUUUUGCACUCAUUCAGCCCCAUAUCAUCACACUCCUACCUUUGUGCUUCACUGUCAGGACCAUGUAGUCAGUGUGGUAGUUUUGACCAGGUUCAUGCCAAACAUGCUGGACUCCAUCUAAUGCAAAACAAACAAAAAACAAAGAACGUGUUCCCAAUAUUCAUCAGACUUCCCUUCAUGUUCUUUUGCAAAGUUUCAUCUUAGAGAUUUAUACCAAAUCGCAAGCAGUCAUCUUUUAAUGGCCAGCAUGCAUAGAGAUUGACAUCAUAUCAUGUCCUUCACACUGUCUGACCUGCUACAAAAAUUCUGAUUUCCAUUGAUAGAUGCUGUGCCAAGUCUGGAGCACUUUCCCAUCUUUUUUUCAGAGCUAAAUUAUGAGAGUAGGAGGCUGGCCACUUUGGCUCUGAAUAGUGGUGCUAUGGCUACUAGUUCAAGACCUCCUGAUUCCUGCUGCAACUGUAUUUUGACAUGUUUUUAGCUGGGUGAUUUUCCUGUGUCUUUUUCCAUCUCCGUAAAGUCACACAACGCAAGUUUUGCCUGGCAGUUCUUUUCCGUGUGGACCCAGGAGAGACAACCCAUAGGAUCAAAACUGAGAGAGUUCUGGUGUUUACAGGGCAUUUUAUAAGCAUGUUCAUUCAGUUAGGCUGUUUUAGCCAUAGUCUCAUUUUCUAACUUCAGUGUCCGCGAUCACAGGUGUAUUCACUACUUUGGAGCCUGUAUUUUCAAUAUAGUGUUUCUAAAAUUUUUGUUUUUGAUUGCUCAUUAGAGAAAAUUCUCUACUUGACAACUUUAAAGCAAUGCAAUAACUGAGAGGUGUUACAAUUUGGAGUCAUUCAACCUUUAAGUGAUGUUCCACAUGGGUGUUCUCACUUCUGUUGUCUACUGUAUAUGAUGCUCAUUAGACCCAGACAGCCUCACAAAAGGCCAGAUAACACGAUGACCUACUCAGGGCCAUUUUCUUAAACUUCACAUUUUUUUGUGUAUUAUUACAUCCGUGUGAUCUUGUAGUGAGAGAGCACACAACAAAUUAUUGAGCUGCUAAUGCCUCUUCAUGCUUCCUGUCUUGAUAAAAUAUAAAAGUGCAUGCUGUAGUCUGUUUUGUUGUUGAUCCUAAAUGUGUGUGAGUAGAUAACUGAGCCUAGUGUACCACCAACAUGGACUUAUUGUUGGUGAUGUUGAUGUUUUAAUCCUAAUUGUGCGAUUUGGCCCUUUAAAUGCGCAAAUAAAUAUUAUACCAGCAUUUAUAAAGUGCAGGAGUUUCACCUGUAGCCUACUCUCAGAAUAAUUUACGACCACCCACCUCCUACGUGAAUUAAGGGGGAAAAAAACAGAAAAACACAUCUGUCACACCAGUUCAUUGUUCUCUGCAUCAGUCUACAUAGCGUUGGUGUGCUGACUGUUUGUUUGGGGGGUCUCUGACAUGGUAAAACUCUGGGAACCCCCCAAAGCUUGUGCAUAAAGGACUAAUCUUGAAGACGCAGAGGGUUAAUUUCGAGCCCCCACCACCACCACCCACAUCUCCAAUUUGAAAGCCGCCUCUCUACCGGGAGAGGAAGGCUCUUUUUCGGUCAGAUGGCGUGCUGCAGUCCGCCCCCGUCAUUCUCCAGCCCACACAGACAGCAAAAAGGCAGCCAGCAACCAAUACGGUGCGCCGGAGGAGGAUUUCUGCCAGUGAUUUCAGACGAGGUACGAUACGCAAAGGGGAUUUACUACGCCAAUCUGCGCCGGGGAAGCUGUCGGCAGUAGUUUCACUCCGGGAGUACCGACCCGUGACAUCGGUGGUUGGAGAGACACCUUUGCGUAAUUACGCCGGUUUCCUCUCUACACAUCCGUCUGCCUGACCUGAACAAGGUUCAUGUGUUUCCUUUCUCCUGCCUAAACUUUCCAGUGCUGUGUGCCAUGUCUCUGCCACGCACUCUUGGGGAGUUGCAGCUGUACCGGGUGCUGCAGAGGGCCAACCUGCUGGCCUAUUAUGAAACCUUUAUCCAGCAGGGUGGCGACGACGUGCAGCAGCUCUGCGAGGCAGCGGAGGAGGAGUUUCUGGAGAUCAUGGCACUAGUUGGCAUGGCCACCAAGCCACUGCAUGUGCGUAGGCUGCAAAAGGCCCUCCGAGACUGGGCGGCGAACCCUGCCCUUUUCAGCCAGCCUGUCGCUAACGUCCCUCUGGGGGGCAUCCCGCUGUUCAAAGUUGAUGGGACGAGCCCAAGUGGAUCAGCAGGUGGGCCCAGGAAGUCUGUGAGUAAUGGGCAGCCGGGGUCCCCUUGUGAAAGAGAGGAUCGGGCGUGUCUUACCCCAAUGCACAGUGGGAGUCCAAGAAGCCCCUGCUCUCAGGCCUCUCCACAGCCACCAGACACACACUACAGGGAAAAGCUGUCGCCCAUGGACCCACACUGGCUCGGCCCAGAGCCUGAUGGGAACUGCAAUCUGACAUCUGCAUCUGGAAUAGAGGAGGAGCCACCCAGCCCGCCGCUGCUGUCAACAUGCCCUCCUGGUCCCUCCACGUCUCCGAGCCCCUCUGCAUCUUUUGCCCCGACGACUCUAUCAGCCUGGCCGGGAGGGCAGCUGGACGGAGAGACGGCGAGGGCGGUGGUGGAGAGCGUGGAUAGGCUCCUCAGGACCCUACCCAGGUCAGACCCCGCAGAGGUGAAAACUCUGCUGAGGAUGAACAAGAAGAUGGCAAAGACUGUGGGGCACAUCUUCAGAAUGGGGUCCCAGGAUGUGAACAAGGAAGAGGAGAUCCGGAAAUACAGUCUCAUUUAUGGACGCUUUGACUCCAAGAGGAGAGAAGGCAAGCAGCUUACACACCAUGAGUUGAUCAUCAAUGAAGCUGCAGCCCAGUUCUGCAUGCGCGACAAUGCCCUUCUGCUGAGACGGGUGGAGCUCUUUUCUUUGGCUCGGCAGGUGGCGAGAAAAUGUGCCUACACCUCCACACUGAAGCAUGCAAGGACAAAUGCAGAUGAGAACAGCAUACUGUCCCUGAAGAGAGCGAGACAUGAGGUAAUCGUGCCUGAGAGUGUGUCAUCGCUUCUCGGAGUGGAGGGAUCUGAGGGCUUGACUCAGAGGGCAGAUGAUGACAGCUUGUCUGCAGAAAGCCAGGAUGGUGUAUCACAUGACAUGGGCUCACAGUGCAACCAGUCUCCGUCCCCCCGUCCCCACAGCGACACCUCCAACCCAGCCAGCUGGAGUCGCCAUCUCAUACAGCAAACGCUAAUGGACGAAGGGCUGCGAUUGGCUCGGAUGGUGUCACAUGACCGGGCCGGAAAGCUCUGCCUAGGGUCAGAUGGAACUCACUCCACAGAUCAUGACAGUAAAGUGGAGAGGCAGAGCUCGAUAACAGCGAUCAGGAGCAGUAGCCCUGGCGUCACCAAAGAUGACUCCAACCAUCGGGGGAAAUGAAACCCUCACUGGGUUAUCAGGGAACUUGUGCUCGGUCCUGCCAGAGAACUCCAGUCAGAUGUCUGAUGGAGAAAAGACUCUUUCUGACUACUAAAUCAAUACAUUAAAUGUGAGAAUUUACCAGCGACUGAUACCAUGAAUCUGCAGCGGCUUCUAAACCCUCAAGUUGUGAACGAAGAUCAAAAUGUUCUCUUUUCAUUUUUAUAUUCAGUAAAUACAUAAGGGAGACACUGUUUUGUAUGAUUGUUUGAUCACAUGGAGGACAUGUCUAGCAGAUUUUAUCCACCAGAGAAAAAAUGACUGAUUUCUGUUGUGAGCGUUGCCGUGUGGUGGAAGUGCCACCUGCUUCAGAUUAAACGAACUCGACACAGCAGGGGGCACUGCAACUUUGGAAACUGACUUGUUCAAGUUCCUCCACACAGAGCAACACACUGUAGUUACGUAGAGGAAAUGUGUUUGUAGUAGAGAGAUUUUCAUCAACAGUUACAGUGUAAUGACAGUGUGGUUAGGUCCUGUGAUGCUCCUUAUCCUCAGGAAACACAUGGAUGUUCUGGUUUAGACAGAAGUCAGUGUAGGAAAUUUGGACCAAGUCAGACAUGAGUGAUGUUUGUGUAGUAGUUUUUUUUUGUUUUUUUUUUUAAAGAGCAUUUUUGGCAUGUAUUGAUCUAGAUUUCCGCGAGCAUGCGCACAAACACCAACAUCAGGGUCAGAGGCCUUUUUUUGUCCUUUGCUGCAUCAUAUAAUCUGUUAGAUCUGAACCAGGCUGAGCUCUCUGAGAUGUAAAGCCGUCGGUCUUCAUCAACUCGCUCACGUCUUUCUGUUGCACAAAUGGCUGAUGCGGUGUUUAUACAAGAUAAUAUUUCAGGCUUCUGUUAGAGCCACUUCAUUAUCUUUGAUCAUGUGAAAAUGUACUCAGAACACCUUUUUCUAAACUGACUGGCACUGAAUAGACGGUGGUUCAGGGGCAGCUACAGUGUCUUGCUCAAGGGCCCUUCAGCAGGGAGGAUGUUUGCUGACUUCUUCUCUAAUGUUUAAAGUCGUGCACUAAAGUUACCACUGUCCGGCCUUUGAGGAACCUGCAUUCAAAACUACACUGCAAGAUUUAAAGUUGCAAGAAACGUUUUAAAAAUCAUUUACCAGACUAUUUUCAAAAAUCUGGCAAUUAAUGUAGAUUUGUGAUGGGAUUUUAUAGGUGUACUAACAAACUUACAUUAUAACGGUGUGUCUUUGGGAAGAUAUUUCUGUAGUCUCGGAUUAACAAAUUGAACCUUGUGUCACUUUUUAGAAACGGUUCUUUUGUCCUUUAAGAUGUAUAGUAACUCGACUAAUCUCUCUUUAGUAAAAAGGAACAAAAACACAUACACAACUUUGCAGAUCCCAUGGUGCUUGACUUUCGAUACAGCAGCUCCCAUAAGUUUGGUCGACUUGUUUGGCCCUUAGAAAGAUGUGUAUUCAGAUGGCUCGUGUUGAUAAAAAUGUUUAGAUUUUUUUUUUAUUCUAACCACAGAGUAUGUCAGUGAGGUAGCUUGCUGUGCAUCAGUUACACCUGCCUGUCUCUUGAGCAUUUGUAACCUCCUCAGUUUAUUAUGUUGCAAAACAGAUUAUUUAUUUUGUUACAUCUCAAUAAAUGUUAUUUUACUGAUUAAAGCUA